AAAGACGAAGCAAGAAGGAACAAGCUUUGAUUUGGCUUCAAACAUAAAGAAAUCCUCGGUCAGGGUGGAAAAUGAGGAAGUUUCUCAGUUUCCCUCCGGACAGCAGUUUGGAUGCUGUCAAGAAGAUUGAAACGUCCCUCUGUAAAAAACACCUGAAAAAGGUGAAGCACAGGGGGGAAACUUAUGAUUUCAUCCUGAUGUUCUGUCCAGUUAUCUCUCGAGUUAAGACUGAUAUCAUGUCAGCCAUGUCCGCGCUGGAAGCAGAAGGCCUACCAGGUGGUAAACCCGUGGUUCUGGUGGUCCUACAUCACACCUUCGAUCCUGACCUCUGUGUACCUGAUAGCAGUAGAAUAGUAGACAGAAAUGAUGUCAUUGUGGCCGUGGACUGCCUGUUCUAUGAAACCAAAGGACUGUUGAAGUGUCCACGCAACAAAAUGGCACUCACAAAAAUUAGGAAGACAGUCAAAUCAAAGGAUGGAGUGCAGAAAUUACAGAUCAAGAUAUUCAGAAAGAAAAGCCGUUCAGAUGAAAAGGUUAAAAGGGAAAGGGAACCACGUGUCUCUAAUGAAGGCAUUGUGACAACAGAAGAGCGCCCCACUGAUCGAGCUAAAGCGAAGAAAAUGAAAAGGUUUCUCAGUUUCCCUCCUGACAGCAGUUUGGAUGCUGUCAAGAAGAUUGAAACGUCCCUCUGUAAAAAACACCUGAAAAAGGUGAAGCACAGGGAGGAGACGUAUGAUUUCAUCCUGAUGUUCUGUCCAGUUAUCUCUCGAGUUAAGACUGAUAUCAUGUCAGCCAUGUCCGCGCUGGAAGCAGAAGGCCUACCAGGUGGUAAACCUGUGGUUCUGGUGGUCCUACAUCACACCUUCAAUCCAGACCUCUGCGUACCUGAUAGCAGUAGAAUAGUAGACAGAAAUGAUGUCAUUUUGGCCGUGGACUGCCUGUUCUAUGAAACCAAAGGGCUGUUGAAGUGUCCACGCAACAACAUGGCACUCAAAAAAAUUAGGAAGACAGUCAAAUUAAAGGAUGGAAGACGGAGUAAAUUCUGGAAGUGAUCCAGAGAGGACUGUCCCUGAGGAUGCUCACUGAAGGAACCCUGGUUUGGACCCUGACUUCUAAGUCGGGGGGCAGAGUGAUGAAAAAAAAAUGACGAGAGGAGAACUUGGCACAAAGAAUCUUGCAACAUAUGACCAUUGGCAGUAAAGCAUAUGCAUUAAUACAUACAUAUACCUUGGCCUUAUUUAACAUAGGCUCAAAUGUAACCAUGCUUAGAUGCUGGAUGGUAGUUAUGCAUGCUAAACUGUAAUCAAGCUUAUGCCUAUGCUCAUGUAAUCAACUCAUAAUUAAGGUAACCAGCAUAAUGAUGGUCAGUAAUUAAUGUAAAUAUCUUCAUCUUACUACAUAUACACAGCAUACAUUGUAAUGACCGACUCUGAGUUGGUCUUUGUAAAGUAUUUCCUUAAAAUGCUGGAGUGUGCAUGUAAUAUGGUAAUAAGGUAAUCUAUUAAACUGCAACUGUUUAAGUGACAGUGGAGGGAAUUCACCUGCACAUUCUGCAAACACCUUAUCAGUAUGUGACAUGGGUGUUGAUAACACAUGUCAAAUGAUUUAAGGGUGAUUCUUAACACCUUUUUUUUUUUUUUUUUGCAUGUGUUUACAGGCAUUUUGGGCAAUUUUAGUAUGACCUUGUCUCCAGGCCACACUUACUCAGUCCUGGUUAAUUUUAAGUAAAGUGU